AUGGUGUCUUCCUUUUAUGGGGUUCUCUUCGUUGUUGGCUUCUGUGCCGCCAUCAGCUGUGUGCCCCCAUCCGACAGCUCCAGGGGAGGAUGCCCCCACCCUUCCUCCACGAAGAGCACCCCCGCUUCCCAGGUGUCUUCCAACAGCGCCAACUUCGCCUUCCGCCUGUACAGGAGGCUGCUUGCAGAGAGCCCAGGCCAAAAUGUUGUCUUCUCGCCCGUGAGCGUCUCCAGUUCCCUAGCCAUGCUGUCCCUGGGUGCCCGCUCAGCCACAAAGACCCAGGUCCUGGAGAGCCUGGGCUUCAACAUCACGGUCAUUUCGGAAGCCAGCAUCCACCGGGGCUUCCAGGAGCUCCUCCUCUCUCUGCAAGUCUCCAGCAGCGACCUGGGCUUGCGGAUGGGGAGCGCCCUGUUCAUCAGCCAGGACCUGCAGCUCCAGGCGCCCUUCUUGGCCGACCUCAGGAGGUUGUACGAGUCGACUGUGUUUCCCGUGGAUUUCUCCAACUCUGCGGUGGCUCAGCAGAGGAUCAACAGCUACGUGAAGAGGGAGACCCGGGGGAAGGUUGUGGACGUGGUUCACGACCUGAACCCUCUGACCACCAUGGUCCUGGUGAACCACAUUUUCUUCAAAGCCAAGUGGACACAGCCUUUUAACCCCGCAGACACGAACAUAAGUUGCCCAUUCUUGGUGGGCGGCCGGACCCCUGUGCACGUGCCCAUGAUGCAGCAGGUGGAGAUGUUUGGAUUUGGGGUGGAUCCGGAGCUGAACUGCUCCGUGCUGCAGAUGCGCUACAAGGGGGACGCCGUGGCCUUCUUCAUCCUCCCUGCAAAGGGCAGGAUGCGACAGCUGGAAGCGGCCUUGUCAGCCAGGAGGCUGAGGAAGUGGAGCCGCUCGCUCCCGAGCAGGUGGGUUCACGUGUUCAUCCCCAGAUUUUCCAUCUCUGCCUCCUAUGACCUGGAGACCAUCCUCCCGAAGCUGGGUAUCCACAACGCCUUCAACAAAAACGCCGACUUUUCUGGAAUUACAAAAAGACACUCCCUGCAGGUCUCCAAAGCCACCCACAAGGCUGUCCUUGACGUCAGCGAGGAGGGCACCGAGGCCGCGGCGGCCACCAGCACCAAGCUCACGGUCCGCUCCAAGGACGGCCCCUCCUCCGUCUUUCUCCUGGACAGACCCUUCCUGAUGGCCAUCAUAAGCAAAGCCACGGACGCGAUUCUCUUCCUGGGGAAAGUGGAGAACCCCACUCAGCCCUAG